AAAAAAUGUAAGUGCCCGCGUCAGGAGCAGCGUUACCACUGCGCCCGAGGUCCUCGCUAAGCGAUUUCUUGUAGUGCUACUGGAUGGACCAAAAUGGCGCGGCCUUUCUGUCGCUUCGCAGUCUUCGCCGGCAGGGGCUGCUCCCUCGGAGCCUUAUCAAGUGCACUUCUUAUGUGGCUGGGCCUGGAACAUUGCUAGGUCGUGAGAUGAUCGUGCGCGGGCACGAGCUCUGGAUCACACGAAAUCUGUGCUGCAUGAGCUCCGAGGCUACUACUGAACUCAUGUCGCGGGACAAGCAAAGACUUUGAGAACUAUAAUCCGCCGAAAAGUCAAUAUCUUACGAGAAUGCUCCGACGCACAGUAGAGCGCCUGUCCCUGCAUGAUCCAGAAGUGGAAGCAUGAGAAACAAGCGCUCGCACUCUCCCAGCAGAGCAUCCUGAUCCACCAGGAGGCCUAGACCACGUACUAGAAAUGCAUAAGCGAGCAUAUGCAUUGCAAGCAUGUCUCGGUCUGCAAGAUCGUGCGUCGUUGUGAUUCGUCAACUCGUAGACGAUACAACUAGGCAGGAAUGCACGCAAAAGCAUCGCAUUUUGUUUGCGAGGGUUCCUUGAGGCGUAUCGCACAUGAGAAGUUAGCCUUUUGCGUAGCAAGAGGCCGCCGGCAACUUCUGGCGCUUGUGCGUCGCAGUUACUUCAGUUCAAGCGGCAGUGCUAGAAGUUCAAGAGCCAGACAUGUUUGCACUUGAUGCGGCAGCUUGCUUUACAGCUUCGCGGAAGCCUAUCGAGGGAAAAGGUUUGCCAGAGUCACUAUUUUCCAGGUAGUUUUGCGUCAGAAAGAUUUCUGGCGUCACAGCUUCUCCUUGUAUAUAUGCAGAAUGAAAUAUAACACCUAGAACGAACCCAGAUCGCAUCAUGAGGCUCAAUUGUCAAGACGCAUUUCGAUGCAUGGCAGGCGUUUUUCUAAUAUGCAAGACUGGCGAAGCUGAUGGAUGAUUAUGGCGAACUAUUUUUGCCUGAUAGCAACGCCGUGCUGCAGACGACAGCAGAUGCCGAUGUGUCUGGCGGUGGUCGAGAGGACGACGAUCGCCACGAAUUUAAUUUCGAAGACGCUGCCAAAAUGGAAAGACUGCGAAGAACUACCGCAUCAGGCACCGCAUUGCGCAGCCAGGACUUGACAGCACGAAAAAGGAGGGGGCCUCGAGGCGGCUUGGGGCAGCUGCUUGCAUGGAAAAGGCAACUUCGGACGAGGACUUCGUCUGGCACCAGCGGGGACGCGUUCUCGACGAGGGCGAGCUUUUCGGCUGGCGCUCCAGCGCCAGGAGCUCCAAGAACACCAGUAGGCGGAGCGAGUUUGCUCCACCUCUUCUCGGAGGACAGCGCUGCCGGCGUAUGAAAACCUCACGUGGGAAAUCAAAUCCUCAAAGUGAAAAUAAAUUUGUAAUGCAAAAAAGUCCGCUUGAAGCAACAUUUCUAGUCGGCGCAUGACAAAUUUCUCGGGCACUCCAAACAUGUCUGUCGUGCUAGUACAGUCUUUUACUCUUUGGUGUCGCAUUUCAUGCGUCACAAAUUAUUUCCAGUUUUCGAAUUUUCAUUCUGAGGCCUCCAUACAACGGCGCCGCGCCUGAUACACGAGUGCGCGACCAGCUGGAGAUCGACGAGGCAAUCGCGAGGCGGAGUCCUCGCAUGGCAAAGGAGCUGCAGCGGCGCGAGCGAAAAAGGCUAGCGCAGAGGGAGAAGCGCGUGGCUGUGCUCGGCGGCGAUCCUAUGGCCAUCUCAUGGUUGGCCACCGCAAUGAGGAUGGAGUCGCGGCUAUCCUGACGAGAAACGUCGUCGCCCCAAAUUCAGUUUCGGUAAAAAUCAAUGCGCUAGAUCACACACAACUCCAGAUGUUUUCGUUAGCGUUUUGGGACUCACGUAUGACAAGUUUUUUCUCUCCUAUGCUGGUGCAGUCUGAUCCUGUUAUAAAUAAGGCAUGACUACAUGCUGCCAAACCUCGACGAGAAAUGCUUCUCAUGGGGACGAGCGUUGCAAAUGAUGUCCCUCUAGGUGCAUGUCUGCAGCUGCACGGCAAUGCUGUGGGUCCAGUUUUUCCACAGGAUAGCGGCCGCUCAGCCCGCUUGCCGGCCAGCGGCACCAGCAGGACAAAGACAGCAAGGCCCUGCUGGCACGUCGCCAGGGCGAGAUCGUACCCCCCUACUUGGUAUUCGCUGCAAAUAUUUCCGGGUCUGAAAAAAAAAGAGCCGCGUGUUUGUCAUGCAGCUUGUGGAGCAGCAGCAGAAAGAUGGUCUGAAAUGCGCACGUAGAAUACACAGAAGAGAGGGUAAUUUUGUGAAGGCUUCUCCAUACCUGCCCCGUAUGAGACACUCGCUCGUUGUGUGACAACAAAUGGGCAGCCGCAGCUUAGCUUGACCCUCAUGCAAUACAGAUUUUCACUGCUCGAGAUUUAGGAUCACAAGUUAAAACUCUUCCGGACCCAGGAGCCAUAUUUGCAAUGCAUAAGUGGACGAGGAUUACAAAAACUGGCCCACGCGAACAAGAGCCUCCGCGUCGACGGCCGCCGGAGGCAAGUGGAAAGCGAAGCCAAGAAGGCGGCGGGACACGAACUCCCAGCAAAAUAAGACGGGCCCUGCUUCGUCAUCGAGAGGCAUCAGCCGGAGUCUUCGGCGCGGAGUACGCAGUGUAAAGGAAUGUGUCUGGGUCUGCUGGCCGUAAGGACAUGGGACAUGGUCAUGGAGGAUGGGCAUGUUCAUGGAGCCGAAUAUGUUCUCUGUGGUCAGUUGUAACUUGAAAACCUGUGAAGUGUGCACAGAAACAAUUGCUCUGCUGUAGCCACGCGAAGAACUACAGGGAGCUUCCUCUGCGGCCUGAGCCACUAUCUUGAGACGCCUUCAUCUUGAAACCCGUUGUGCUACAUUUACAUAAAAUGUAGCUGCUGUGCUGCAUUUUUAUUCGCCCAAAACUUCUCAAAACUUGACUUUUAUGGGGCCCUCUGAGAGCUAGUGAGGCUAAUGAAGCUCGUGCACGACCCCUGCAGAUCUCUCUCGACCCAGACAUGUGUGCGACUCUUUCGCAUUUUCAUACGGAGGACGCCGGGACUAUGAAGCUGUCAGGAUUGAUGAAAUCGUCAAAGUUAAAAUGGUUUGCCAUGCAUAAAAUGCAUGGCAUGAAGUGCCUGUCUUCCCGGGAUGGCAAGUGGGGCAAAUUGUGGGCCUAUUUAGGGUUUGGGAUAGAGCUGCUAAAGGAGCACGACAAAAGCACUACUCUGUGCCCAAACAGCAUGACCAAUUGGAUUUCGGUGCUCCGAAAAAUUCUCAUGCGCCGCUCGGGAAUUGGUCUUCCAACUGGUAUCCAUUUUAUGCAUGACCAAGCUAUUUGCUCAACUUUGUCGAUUUCAAGCCUGACACUUCCAUAAGGACGAUCACGGCCUCCCUCAACCUGUGCUCCUGCAGGCCGAGCAUAUGCACAGCAUUGCCCAACAACAAAAUGA